ACCAGGUCUCGGGCUUCGCCGCGCCAAACACGGCCGCCACUGGACCCGAUGUUCUAUGCACGACCUCAACUUCGGCCACUUAUGCGCUGGAUAUGGCUCCCGGUGUGAGGCGCGGGCAGAGCGGUGAGCGCGGAGCGGCCGCAGGAGGACGCGUCUCCCGGCGCCGGAGAGGCAGGUGGCGGUCCGGACCAGGCGGGAUGCUGAUGCGGCUCGCCGGGACGAUGCUGCUGCUCCUUGUCCGGUGCUCUUCAGCAGCAGACGAGAAAAGCACCGAUGAAGCGUCCGGUUCUUCAUAUUUGCCCAGUGCGCCCACGGUCACGACUGCACGUCCGUCGCUUGACCCGUCAUCAUCAGACGUGGUGCCUUUUUCAGUCAUCCGCUCAGAUGGUGACUCAGGAUCGGAGCGGGAAGGAUUGUCCGGCCAGCCUGCCUUUUCGUCUGUCCUAACCGUCAUAGCAGGAACCAUCAAAGCUCCUGUGAGUCCUACUGACAACAGAACCUCACCAACUAUCACCAGAGGUGACACUCUUACCACCCAAUGGCCUUCACACAGCUACAGCCAGGACUCACAGACGUCCAUGUUAUCCGGCGCUACCGGAAGCCUCGCGGGGAGAGCAGCUUCUGAGCAAGGUGAGUCGACGACCAGAACAACCAGAAUGAUCCCACCGAGGCUCCCCAAAGAAAAAGAGCCCAGUCUGACGCCCUCUCUGUCGGCAGGAGCAACUCUUUCUCAAGCGCCCACUGAGAGGACAUCUCAGGUAUCCGCUCUGACCCCUUAUGAGGACACGACAACAACCUCUGUGAUGGUCACCGGUACAACUGUAGUUCCAACCACCAAAACAACCAACCCCAGCACGGGCAUGCCUUUCUUACGCGCCACCCCCGAAACCACGCGAACCACCACCACCACCACCACAACCACAACGCAACCUUCACCAUUCACCAGGAGAGUGACAACCACCAGGCGGACAUUCACUCCACAUAUCCCCAGAACUAUUUCUCCCAGAGUUGGAACCACCAUCUUCAUCUCACCUUUCACCACGACGACAGAGUCUCCCCCGCAACAAUGCAACAUCACAGAGAGAAUGUGGCUGAGGACAGUUGUCUCAAUCUACGUGAGACGGAACCGACUUGACAGCAUCCAGAGACAGAAUCUGCGGAGAGGACUGACUCAAGGCCUUCGGAAAGCCCUGAACGACAGCUCAGCACAGGCACAGGUGGAGACCGUAUUUGGGUCACCAAACAUGACAGUGGCUUACCAUGUGACUGGAGGAGACACGGUGUACCCCCCCUCUGUGGUGCUUGAUGGCUUGGACGCCUACGGUCGAGAUAAGCUGAUUGCAGACCUGCGACAAUACCUGCCUUUAGUUACGGCGCUGCCCAUCCCAGUUGCAUUGUGGAGGCCGAGUCCUUCCACGGCAUAUCAGCUGAAAACAGUGUUGCAGUUUGUCGGAGCAGGAGAUGAUCCACGCUCCUGCAGGUUUUUCCAAAUGAUGGAGCAAAGACUGGAGAAGGUGUUUGCAGAAGCGCAGUCCAGGGUGCUGCGCACCAGCAGCAGACUCUCUGUUCAGAUGCUGAGUGUCAGCCAAGGAAGCAGCUCCCCUGCGGUCUCCUUGGUCUACGCGGUGAAGAACGGGACGGCCUUCCUCAACGGCACCACCGCCUCAAACCUACUGGGCCGGCUCUCGGCUGAGCUUGUUGGCUACUUCCUCUUCUACCCGCCGCUGGUCAUCGCUGAGCCUCUGGAGUAUCACAAUCUGAACACAUCACUCGCAACCAGAGACUACUGGGUGAUCACGGUGAUUUUGGACGUUGAAGACGCCAGCCUGGAAGCACAGUACCAAAGCUUUGCCAGUCUGAUGGAGCAAAGACUUGCCGAGCUGUUCGUAUGGGCUGACCAGCACGGCACUCGCUUCAAAAGAGCCACAUCGGUAGAAAGCUAUACAGUCCAGAUGGUGAGUAUCCGCCGAGUGUCUGGGCUGAAGAACCCAGCAGAGAUGACGUACUACAUCCAGCACAAUGGCACUCCUCUGCCCGGCACAUCGGCGGCUAAGGUGCUUAACACGGUGGAUUCGCAGACCAUGGCGCUGACCCUCGGCUACUUUGUUCAACUCCAAGCAGAACCGGUGGUCAAGAACCCUCCCAACAACCUUUGGAUAAUUGCCGCAGUGUUGGCCCCCAUCGCCGUGGUGACGCUCAUUAUCAUCAUAAUUACUGCUGUGCUGUGCAGGAAGAAUAAAAAUGACUUUAAAUCGGACGCCAUUGGUAACCUCAAUCCCAGAGCCAAGAUGGCCUAUCGGAGAGACGUGGGUUAUUUUCACCAGCCUGUCCAGGGUUUUGACUAUGCCAAGCAGCAUCUGGGCCAGCAAGGAGGAGACGAAGAAACACUGCCUGCCAGUCAAGACACUUUAAUGAUGUCUCUACAAAUCCGGGACAAGCCGCUGUCCCUGGAGAAGGUCCUGCAACAGGAGGGCUCUGUCAACAAGAAGAGCCUGGGCUCCGACAAGAAACACAAAAGCAAGUUGCCGAGCGAUGAUGGUUCCGUCAUCAGCAACGAAUCAGAGAGGCUGAAUUCCAGCAGGGGCUUGACGGCACCGAAAGUCACAGCGCAGCAGAAAGCGACAAAGGAGGAGAAACACAAGCGGGACGAUCCGUACGACUCGUCUUCUGGCUCCUUGCAGCUGGUUUCCAUCAAGCCUUUAAUGGCACAGCACAACUACUUACACCCAGCAUCUUCCGACCGCAUCUACGACUCAGCCAUUGUCAACGGAGAGGUGAACAUCUCCCUGAAGCAGAGGUCAGAUGUCGACCACUACAGGAACAAGUUGAGGAUAAAGGGGAAGAGAAAAGGCUAUUACGACUUCCCUGUUGUUGACACCAGCAGUGGCGGCCUUGCGUCUUCACGGAGGGAGCAAAACUGCUAUGAAAGAGUGGUGUGCGAGAACAGUCGAGGCCUGGAGCAUGAAGAUGAAAGAAGUUCCACUUAUGUCAAGUCCAAUAGCAGGCACUCGCAGGUGGGACAGAUGGCCUAUCGCAGCCGACAGAGCCUGAGCAGUCCCAGUCCUGGGGGAACAGAGAUGGACCUGCUGGUGAUGAGGGAGAGACCUAGGAAAGGCAUCCGAAACAGUGGAUACGAUACAGAGCCUGAGCUGAUCCAAGAGACCAAUGUUGACCGUUUAGUGGGUCAGAGGGGUCACAUGUACGGCCGCGGCUUGAAAGGCCACUCUGAGACUUCCACUCUGAGCUCGCAGCCAUCCAUUGAUGAGGUGAGACAGCAGAUGCACUUGCUGCUGGAGGAGGCCUUCACCCUGGCAUCCGGGGGUCAGUCCACAUCGGGCAGGCACCACAACCACCACCCCAGGCCUGACCCGUACAGUCAAGAACCGCCACCCUUUCCCUACUCAGACGUGGUGUCCAGCACUCCCGGCACUAUGAGCUGCGGAGGACUGCAGUGGGUCCCCUCCUACGGCUCAGACGUCUACAGUCUGCCCAAACCUGCCUUCAGAUUCACGCAGCUCCCUGAUAUGACGAUGAGCCCUCCGCCCCCGUUACCUCCACGCUCUGGACCGCCUCCUGGGAAAUCCUUGAGACGCUCUACGUCUGAUUUGGGGCCAAAAUCACGACGUUCUGAGACUGCGAUUGUUGAACUUCAAAGUCAACGUGACAAAAAUCCUUAUGGGCUCGCAAAGAGAGGCGCACUUUCAGCAAUCAGCGCAGAGCCGCCUCUGACCAACUACUCAGGAAACCCAAUCACAGCUGUCUAUGCCAUCCCAGCGUCCAGAACAGGCUACUCGGACUACGUGGUCUCCACCCCACCCACCUCCUAUCACAGCCCAUCGUGGAUGUCGUACCCACCCGAGCCUGAAGAUGUGACACCACAGUGGACAGACGCGGUGCCAUUGCCUGGCUACGUGGAGGCUUUCCCUCACCCGCGUUACCCACAAGGAAGCCCUCCUCGGCUGCCACUGCAGUAUAACCAAACUCUGGAACAGAAACAUCCGAGUUCGACUGACCAACAGAACCUAAAGGAUGUGGACGGACUGAACCUGAGCAGCUUGACCACUUCCGCUCUGGUGCAGGCAAUUCGACAGGAAGUGGCAAAGCUGGCGAAGAAGCAAAACGACAUGUUUGAUUUUUAGCCGUGGCGGCGCCCCCUUGCGAGCUGACGAUGAACUAGUCGCACUGUGGGAGUCGGUUUUGAGGUUUCUACAUUUUCAUUUCUUACUGACUGAAGCUUUUUUUAAAGGCUGCUGAGCCUCAUGGGCUUAAUCUAAGUGUUUUUAAAACCGACCCAUUCUGAUGUCUCACGUCUGAAACCAUAUUUGUAGAUAUGUUGAUAGCAUAUAUGUAAAUAUGUUUUUUUUUCCUUAUUUCUCCCGAAGUUUUCUCGGUUCCACAGCGAUACAAAGUAGCAGCCUCAUCUGCACUUGCUGUCAGAUGAUCAAUAAUAAAUCUUAGAGAAUAUAACCGUGUAUAUCUGAGGACAUUACGGACUCGAUGGGUUUUUAUAGACCAUCAGGUUCAGCGGGACGCCGUCAUCUGUCUGCCUUCAGUAUCUUGCCAUCAUUUCCUCAUCACACACAACCAAGUCUGUUUCAUUAACAACUAAUGGCUUGUUGGACUCUCCAUGGAAGACAUUAAUAUGAUGUCUAUCAUUACAAACCCAAUUGAUUCAUUUAUGUUUAUGUCUGCUAUUCUGUUGAAGCGUUUUAGUUUUGUUUCUGUGAGUCUACAAUGUGCAAAAUUUAGUUGAUAUUAUCAGAUUUCAAAUCAUAUUUGUAUCAUAUCAUGAUACAAGCUUGUGAGACGGUUGGACAAAAACCCUAGCAAAAAGAUUUAUUAUAUAUCUGAAUUCCAUAAAAUGAAAUAAGUCAGAUUUCCUGUGUAAAUCAAACGGUGGUGCAAGAUUAAUAUUAUGUCUGUAGCCCUUUAUAAUUAUUUAAUAUUUUGCAGAAUUUUGUUGGUAACACACUGAAAAUAUGAAAGAAAUGUCCAAAAUUGUAUUGCGUCAUCACGUAUAUCAAAUGAAGCGUGACGUUCCGAGUCAAGACAAACACCAAUGGGGGGCCAGACCAAGAUCGAAACAACUGACAACCGAUUACUUUAAUUUUUUUUCCAAUGAAAACAUUUCAGUUCUUUUCUAAGGAGAAAAUCUUUUUCAGUGAUACAUAGAUAUGUGUGUCUAUAUGACUAAUAGAGUUAUGUUUCUGUAUUCGCCAUUAAGUAUGGUUUCACCCCCCUCACAGGUCUGAGUCUUGACUCUUGGCUUACAGUUCGCGCCUCACCACGAACUUCAGGGUCUUAUUGGAGAUUUAUCUUUAAAUGCAGUUUUAGCUCUCAAAGGAAAUGCAAUGAUGAAAAUUACAGUGAGAAAUUAAGUAGUUGCCUAAUUUACUUUUAAAAUAUAGAGCAGUUUAACUUGACUUGAACUACAGUGGUGCCUCGGUUUUCGAACGUCUCAGUAUUCAAACAAAUCGGUAUUCAAACAACAAUAUCUAGAUUUUUUUGCUUCUGAUUUCAAACGAAAAUCCAGAACUCGAAUUCCCCCGAAAAAAGCCGGAAAAAACAUAACGUGCGCGGAUCGAUCAGCUGACCCACGCGCUUUGUUAUUGUGUAUAACGCAGCCUCUGUAUGCAGACGUGUCCCGUUAGCUCCAUUUACUGACUGUUUUUUCUUCAUAUUGAGGUGUAAAACCUUUCCUGUCUCCGCACUGGACCGUGGUAGAGUGUCACAGGGGAGGUGCUGGAGCGCUCACUCCAGGGUUUGAUGUCCUGUUGUGGGCUGGAGCUGGGACAGGGAUGAGGCGAGUCUGGGACAGAGCGUGACUUGGUUUAUGACUUUGUCACAGCCAAACUGCACAGAAGCGCACAUUCAGAGCUGGACACGCACCGGGCACCUCUUCACUUCUGGAGAGACGUCACUCACUCGGCAACCCCUCCCACAUGCAGCGGCCACACACAUAGAGGAACAGCCACCUGCAGCAGACACUCUACAUUCACUCCUACAAAAGCCUAGUUUAAGACUUGGAACGCAUUAUUUCUUUUUCCAUUCAUUGUAAUGGGAAAAAUCGAUUCAGAUUUCGAACAAUUCGCUUCUCGAACGGCCGUCUGGAACGGAUUGUGGACGAGAACCGAGGUACCACUGUACCAUGAAACUCCUCUCCUGCUGAGAGCUCUCUACCGCCUCCUCAGGAUUCUAGUUUAACAAUCUAUAUCUUUCAAAUUAACAAUUUAUAAAUAAACUAAUGAAGCUUUGAAACAAGGAGGAUGUCAUUGUACCUUUUACUCUAUCUUUUCUGUGAUAAUAUGAAAAAAAGAGGUCUAUAUAGAUGCAGUGAUAUUUUUCUUCGAUAUUUAUAUCCCCACCUCAAACUGACAGAGAGAGUAUAUGAUGGUUUAUGAUUGUAAUGAUAAUUCUUUAUCGAGUGACAAAAAGAAAGCGUGUUUUCAUAUGCAACAUCUUGUAUUACAACAUGUUCUUUGUCACCCAUGUCUGUUUAUCAUAUCAAAAAUCUCGUCUGCGAUUGAGGGUGUUAUUGGCCUUCAUGAUUUAAGUGAA